AUGAAUAAAGUGUGCAAAACCGAUCCUGACGAAGUGAUCUUUAUUUCUGAAAGGACUCCACGUACAAACCGCAAGAUUGAUGUCAUUAAUAAGGCAAAGAGACUUGCUCUGCAAAGAGACAUUGAUCUAGAAUCUCUCCCGAAACCGCAUUCUAAGUGCGCUGCUGUGCAAAGUUCUGACAAGAAAAUGAGCAUUAAGAAUAAGGAUGUGACAGAUGAGAACAUUAAAAAGAAAGGCAAGAAACCCAAGAAAAAACUAACCUCUACUCCAAAAAUUCUCACCCCGACGGUUGCUGACGAUGUCCCACGGAGUGUAGAAAAGAAAAAGAAGAGAAAAAAAGAGGACUCAGCAGAAGUUGGGAUUGAGGAGAAACAGAAGAAGAAAACUAAAGAAGAAAGUGCUGAUAUUACAAAUGUAAAUGACAAAAAAGAAAAGAAAAAGCUCAUUGACAGAAAAGAGGGAACUCAGAAUGGCAAAAAGUCACCUAAAACUCACAUUAAACAUGAAACAGUCGGUCUUGACAACAAGAAAGUGGGGAAAAAAGCCAUGAAAGCAAAAAAAGACGCGCUUCUUACGAAUGGUUCCGAUGUUACAAAUGACAGUGCAUUUAUCAAAAAGAAAAAGAAAAUGGAUGAAAAAAGUGAACGUAAGAAGAAAAAAGUUAAAGAUGAGGUGAGACAAAUUCAAAAUGACAAUAUUACAACAGAGGCAAAAGCAAAGGUGUCCCGAAAAAACAAAGAACAGAAAAAAAUACCUGUUGAGAGUGAAGACGAGCACAAGAACAUUAAACACAAGACAAAGAGGAAAAGAGAUGUUGCUGAAGAGGGUGAAUCGACUAUAACAAAAAAGAAGAAAACUGUUAAAAUAGCUAAGAAUAAAGUAACUGCAGAAGCACCAGAUGGACAAAAGGCAGACGAGGAGAAGCUGAAGAAGAAGAAGAAACCUUCACCGGACAAUGAAGAACCUGAAGAAACACAGAAGGAAGAGACAUCUCCAAACAAAGAGGUUGUCGAAGAGGAAGGUAAGACGAAACGAAAGAAAAAAGGAGAAAAGGUCAAGAAGAGGAAGUCCUUCAAUCUUGGGGCAGAAGAAAAAACUGAAUCGAUUAGGAAGAAAAAACACAAAGUCGAAGAACCUAAAAGUGAAGAGACCGAAACCGGCCAAUCGAGCAAGAAAAGCAAGCGAAAGAAAAAGUCGUCUGUUCAGAGGGACAUACAGGCUGAGGAAUCCGAUUCAAGUUCGGGGAAAAAGUCUAAAAUAAAGAAGAAGAAACUUAGCAAAGAGUUGGAAAACCAGGUAAUGAGUGUGUCUUUUGUUUGAAAUUGAUAUGAUUAUUUAAGCCAGAUUUUGUUUCAGCAUACUUCCGAAGCAGAAGUGGUCUUUUUGUCAGCGAAGACCGGAAACACUGAUGAGGUUACCAUCAACCAGGAAAGACGGCAGGCUUUACAGCUUGACAUAGACAACGCCUCUCAGCCUCAACAAGCGGACAAACUUUCAGGUUUCGGUCAGUGGAGCACCGCUCAGUUUGAAAGCUCACAUCAGCAGCUGAAGUUCCUCAGGUUAAUGGGCGGCUUCAAGAAAGACUUCAAACCGGCUGCCGCUCCUGGUGCGGCGCAGCACAAUAUGGCACUUGGCAAGGAUGCACAGGAGCAUUUACAACAAGGACUCCUGGGAGAGUUUGAACGCGCCCACUCACGCAGAAUAGACUUUAACAGCAGAGGUGCAGGACUCGGUUUUAGUAAACCAUCCAAAAAAUUUUCGAUUGACAUCAAUACAUGUCGAUCUGUGCGCUUUGAUGACUGA